AUGGCUUCUGCAUCUUCAUUUAUACUUUUCAUACUUCAAGCUUGUGCUUCUCUAUUUUUCUACAACAUAGGAGCUCAAGCAAAUAAAACAUUUUCGGCAAUUUUCUCGUUUGGAGAUUCAAUUCUUGAUACAGGCAUGAAUAACAAUCUUCUCUCAGCGGAGGCUUUGGGAAUUAAAGAUACUGUACCAGCUUAUCUUAAACCAGACCUUCAAAGUGAUGAUCUCCUAACCGGUGUAGGCUUUGCUUCCGGUGGCUCGGGAAUUGAUCCAUUAACAUCUAGUACACUGGGAGUUGUGGCAAUGUCCCAACAGUUACAAUACUUCAAGGAUUACAUAGGGAAGCUAACAGGGGUUGCUGGUGAAGAGAAAGCAAAAGCCAUCGUAGCCAACAGCCUUGUUCUAAUGUCAGCAGGCAACAACGACAUUGGAGUAUCAUACACUGCUGGUUUGAGGAAAUUAGAGUAUACUUUUCCUGCAUAUUGUGCUCAAUUGGUUACCUGGUCUACCACUUUUUUGGAGGCUUUCAAAAUGCAAAUUCUGGGUGUUGCGGCGGCUUUGGUUUAUGUCUUCCAUUUAGUCCAUUCACUUGUCCAGAUGCUUCUACCUAUGUCUUUUGGGACUUUGUUCACCCUACUGAAAAAACCAACUCCUAAUAACAAGGGAGAAGUUUUAAGAAGGGAACGUUAG